GUUUUGAAAACUACAUGCUAAGAAAAUAUAGUUAAAAAGGAAAAAAAAAAAUUAUGAUUAAAACUUAAAAGGCAUUUUAAUUUGAUUUUUAAGAAAAGAAAGAAGUAAAUUAAUCCCAAACAAUUUGUAUGUAUCCCAAACACUCUUAGUGAGACAGCAAGCUCUAUAGAAAGAGGUUUUCGGCCUCCAUGGAAAAAGAAAACCUAGCCACUCUGCGUCUGUACUUGGCCGCUCUCAUUCCCUUUUAUCUCUCAGGUAGAUUCAAUCCAAUCAUGGCGAAUCAAGGCGUAGAUACCUGGAAGACUAGAACUCGACGGACGGUUGCGUGGUGAUAUUCUUUUUAUGGCUCUCUAUUUCAUGAUCUUUUUUAUUUCUUCGUGACGGUUUUCAGUUAUAUGUGCUGGGGUUUUUUUUGAACAAUUAAUGGUUCCUGUAUUUAUAGCAAAGCUCGGUCCCAUGAGGGCAUGAGGAAUCAAACAUUCAGACGGAGCGCUCUUACUUGCAUUUUAUCAAGAUCGAAACCAAAAAUACUCUCUGUGAUCUUCCACGCUCUUCUUCUGUGACCAGGAAGUUUUUUAACAUACCCUUGGAGUCCAAGCACCGCAUCUUUUUUCAUGUUUACUGCUGAUAAGAGGGUGCCUUCGCGGUGGUCUCCUCAAGGUACAUUCUUUGUCACAGCAGCUGACCACAACAUGGUCAUUAUUUGGGGCUCAAGAUAUUGUACGGACUUUGGCCAACUCUUGCGUUUUUGUCAUUAUCAGGUAGAAGAGUUUGAUAUUUCCCCAGGUGAAAAAUACCUGGUCACCUAUAGCAAACCAAAACCAAGUGAUCCAAAUGGACUCUGGCUUAAGAUCUUCGAUGUGAAAACUGGGACAGCAAUCGUUGGACUAAAUAAUGUUGAUGUUGCUGAUUCCCCCCAGUGGCCUCUUAUUAUAAGAUGGGCUGGGGGUAAAGAUGAUAAAUUCUUUGCCAUUAUUAGCAAAAACAAGACUGUAGCUGUCUACGAGACCAAGAAAUUCAACCUGUUGGGCAACGCCCCACUGCUCCUUGAUGAUGUUAUAGAUAUUUCCUGGUCUCCUACUCAAGCUGUACUUGCAAUACUGUUGAAAGCAAGUGACAAGCAGCCUGUCAAGGUUGUUCUUCUGCAAUUCCCCAACAACGUUAAGCUGGCCGAGAAGGAUCUUACCGCUAUUCUUGGCGACUGCACGAUGCGCUGGCAGAGCAAUGGUGAGUACCUCGCUGUCAAUACUUACGGGGGAUUUGAGUUUUUCCGCAUCAAAGAGGAAGGCAUACCCACAGAUUCUCUCAGGGUGGACAAGAAGAUCCUGGCUUUUGCGUGGGAGCCUAGCGGUCACCGAUUUGCUGUGAUUUACGGAGACGAACCAACUCUAUCUGUCAGUUUCUACUCGAUGAAGAAGACACCUGGAAAGGUCACAGAGCUUACUACUUUGAGCAACAGGCAAGCAGAUGCUCUAUUUUGGUCGCCCAAAGGCAAUCGCAUUGUUCUUGCUGGAUUGAAAGAGGGCAACCUUGAGUUUUUUGAUGUGGAUCAGCUUGCUCAAAUUUCCCCAGUUGCAAACGUGGUGGCCAACCAGGUUGCUUGGAAUCAAAGUGGAAAAUAUGUUGCCACGGUGUUUACAACUCCACAAGAGAAGUUUCAUAGUGAUUGUCACAGUGAACCAGAUGACCCUCGUGAGAGUUUUACUAUCUGGUCCUCCGAUGGAAAGCGUCUUUUUGUUCAUCAGUGUCAAUUUCCUAUAACCCAGCUGGAUUGGCGCCCUUACGGAGGAAUCAUAGAUGAUGACAUGCUUAAGAAGCAAUGAAGAAGAAUGCUUUACUCUUUAUAUAAAUUUAUGCAAGUAUUUAAACUUCUUAUGUUAUUUGUCAACUUCUCUGCAAGUAUUCUCUUUGGUAGAAUAAAUAACUUGUUUUUUCUUAUUUUUGUCAGCACUCAUUUAACUUGUUAUAAAGCUACUAUUUGGUCCAAUAGAGGUAGGAAGAUUAUGCCUUUGAAUGUUUAACACAUGUACGCUGCUUUUGUUUUAGUAUUCGAGCAUCAUUGUUGUUUAGCAGAGAGCACAUUUGUUCAACUCAUCAUAUGAUGUAGCUAGUUUUCUU